GUUUACCCUACCCAAAAAUAAGUCUUGCAUCUGUCCUUUAGUAUAAGAAUAGAUCAAAGAAGAUCAAGCGGCGAAUGCACUACCUGAAAACACAGAUUCAGAUUUUCAGCGGAUAGUCAUUGCUGAUUGUUAAACUCCAUCGUCCAAUGGCGGCUUCAUCAAAAUCCGAAAAAAUUUAUGACGUCUUCUUGAGUUUCAGAGGCACGGAUCUGCGUAACAACUUCGUCGGCCAUCUCUACCAAGCUUUACACCUGAUAGGAAUAUACACUUUCCGGGAUAGCGAAGAAUUGAAAAAGGGAGACCAAAUAUCACCUACGCUUAUGAAGGCCAUCGAAGAAUCAUGCAUCUCAAUCAUCGUUUUCUCCGAGAACUAUGCUUCCUCAACGUGGUGCUUAGAAGAGGUGUCCAAGAUUAUGGAGUGCAACGAGCAAAAGAACCUCACCGUUCUACCAGUGUUUUAUAAAGUGGACCCAAGAGAAGUGAGAGGGGGCAGAAAGAGUUAUCGGAGAGCUCUGGCUAAGCACGAGUCCAAGUUCGGGAAGGAUUCGGAGAAAGUGAAGAGAUGGAAGAAAGCUCUUUCCGAUGCCGGUAGCUUGUCCGGGUGGCAUUUGAAAGAUGGAGAUGAGUCAGAGCUUAUACAAGAAAUUGUGGAGAAGAUCUCCACUUACCUAGCCCGAACACCUUUGCAUGUAGCUAAGCAUCCGGUUGGGAUAGAUUCUCGAGUUGUUAAGUUGAAAUCGAUGUUAAAUCUCGAGUCUGAUGAUGGUGUUCUCAUGGUGGGAUUAUGGGGACAGGGAGGUAUAGGGAAGACAAGUUUAGCAAAAGCUCUUUACAAUGCUAUGUUCAGACAAUUUGAGGGUUCAUGUUUUCUGGCAAAUGUUCGAGAAACUUCAAAAGGUAGCGGGGGUUUAGUUACUUUGCAAGAAAUAUUACUAAAUGAUAUACUAUCACCGCAACAAAGAUUAGUAGUGUCCAAUGUCGAUGGAGGUAUUCACCUAAUAAAACGCAGACUUGGUCGCAAAAAAGUUUUCCUCAUCCUUGAUGAUGUGGAUGACCGGUGCCAGCUGAAUACAUUAGCAGGAGAAAAGUGGUUUGGUAAUGGAAGUAGGAUCAUCAUUACCACAAGAGACAAACAUUUGCUAACUUGUCACCAGAUAGAUCAAGAUCACGUGUAUGAAGUUAAAGCACUAGAUGACAAUCAAGCUCAUGAGCUGCUUAGCAAGCAUGCAUUUCAGAUGCACCAAAUCAGAGCAGAUCUAGUGGAUAGAGCUCUGGAUUAUGCUAAAGGCCUUCCUUUAGCACUUGAGGUGCUGGGUUCCUUAUUGUGUGGUACAAAAGAAGAUGUAUGGGAAAGUACACUGACGAAACUUUCUAGGAUUCCGGACAGAACCAUUAAUAAUGUGCUCAAAGUGAGUUAUGAUGGACUCCAUGAAAAUGAGAAAGAUAUCUUUCUCCACAUUGCCUGCUUCUUUAAUGGGUGGGCAAGAGAGUAUACAAAGAAAGUUCUCGACGCUUGUGAUCUUCAGACAGUUGCAGGAUUUGAUAUUCUCAUGAAGAGGUCCUUGAUAAGCAUUGAGUGCGAAAUCCUUAACAUGCAUGACUUGAUUCAAGCGAUGGGUAUAGAUAUCGUGAACCAAGAAUGUCGAGAUGAUCCCGGAAGACGCAGCAGACUAUGGUUGUAUGAUGAUGUUGUUGAUGUUCUGUCACGUGACAUGGGAGAUUGUGCCAUAAAAGCCAUAGUGUUGGCACUACCUGAGCAGACGGAGAUGUGUAUCGGUCCUGAUGCUUUUACAAAAAUGAGAAGGCUGAGAUUGCUCAUCUUGCGCAACGUGCAUGAUUCUUUCCAAGGUCCUAUAUGUCUUCCUAAUGAGUUAAGAUGGUUUGAAUGGCCUGGAUGUGCUGGCCGGAUUCCAGAAUUUUCCUCUGGGCCAAAGAAAUUAGUGGGACUUGAUAUGAGUGAAGGCAAUAUCACAAGAAUCAUAAAACAAUUUAAGGAAUUACAAAAUUUGAAGUACAUUAAUCUCAGUUUUUGCGAUUCGUUGGUUAGUAUGCCCGACCUCUUAUGUACUCCAAAUCUUGAGGAAUUGGCUCUCCAAUAUUGCAAAAACUUGGUAGAAGCCCAUCAAUCGAUUGCACAUCAUGAGAAGUUACGAGUGUUGACAUUAGAGGGGUGCUCUAAACUUAGUGUUUUUCCGAAUGUGCUCAAGUCAAAAAAUCUCCAACGUCUUGAUCUUAAAGAUUGCGGAAAUUUUGAAAGGUUCCCUGAUAUUCCACAUAAACUCGAAAGCUUGAAAUCGCUUUGUUUACAAGGGACUGCUAUUAAAGAACUUCCUGCAUCAAUAGAAAAUCUUGUUUCUUUAGAGAGAAUGAUGUUACAUAAUUGCAAGAACCUGGUAAGUCUUCCGUCUAGCAUAUACAAGUUACAAAAUAUGGAAAGAUUGAUCCUUAACGAUUGCACAACCUUAAUUGGGUUUCCAAAGUACGAGGAUUCUGCUGAUGCGUCAAUGAAGAUGGGACUUCCGAGUUUAAAAUAUUUAGACCUUGAGGGAUGUAAUCUGUCUGAGGUGGAGUUUCUUGGGAAUCUUUCCUGUUUUCCCAUCUUGAGACGUUUAAUUCUGUCGAGGAACAAUAUUACUAGCCUUCCAACAUCCUUCGGUAAGCGCAAUCAUUUGUUCAGAUUGGCAGUUCAAGAUUGCUAUCAGUUACAAGAGAUUCCCCAGCUUCCACCAUUUUUGGAUGACCUUUGGGCGCCUAAUUGUGAAUCUCUGCAAAAAACUGGAAAUUUAAUUUCAUCUCAGGAUUUUGUUCGAAGACGGUUGACCAUGGUUUCCAAUUUCACACCUGGCGAGAAUAAUUGUAAACCCUCUAUUUAUCUCCUUAGAGAAGGGAUGUCAACGUGUUCACGCUCUUUUCAUAUCCCUGGAGGAGAGAUGCCAGAGUGGCUCCAACCUGUUGAAGAGGAAUUCGUAUCUUUCAUGGCUUCAGAGGACUUAUAUAACAAGUUUCUAGCAUUGGCUAUCUGUUUUGUUGUUAGUAAAACAAAAGAGCGAGGAGAAAUAAGAAUAGAACGAUAUGUUAAUGGCCAAUUGCGGCGCAAUGGCUAUGAUGGUUGGGCAACCAAUUCGCUGGAUAUGGAUCAUAUCGUGCUUUUGUUACAUCCACCAUCUACAACAUUUGGAGAAGUUGAUUUUAGUCAAAUUGAUGGGAGUUUUGUACAAUUUAGGCUUACAAUAUCGGGUACAAUCGUGAAAAAAUGGGGAUUCCGAAUAAUAUGUAAGCAACUAGAGGAUGACUUAAAGGUUGGGAUUCAAGAUAAUCAGCUUAUAGAUCCAGCAUUACUCUACGAGGUUGGUCACGACUCAACAAAUUCAGAAGCCGAGAGUUCACAUAUGCACAAAGUCAAUCCGAUCGAAAUAGAUCUACAGAAAGACUUGCAAGAUUGUCAAAUGAGUACUGAGGAACAUAGUCAAGCAAUAUCAGAGAGAAAUCAUGAGCUCUUCUCCCAUGAGGCAUGUGAACCAAGACCUUGUGGACUUCUAAUUCGAUUGGCAGAGAUGAGUAUGGCAGUGUUUGCUCGCUGCUUUUGUUGUUAGAAUGAUCGAGAAACUUGCUAAGGAAGCAAUUCGUAGGUAAGCAAACUCAGCUGAUCUUCAUUACAAUGCCUUUUCUCUUUUCCCGGUUCUUCUCGUCUUCUUUUCUCAAUAACACGCUGUUAGUUGCCCAUAUAUUUCCAUGGAGGUAUUUUAUGUGUCCACUUCAACUGGUGCUGACUUUGCCAGCAACAAUAAAAGAAAUGACCAGCCUUUGUAGAGAGAGCUCGACAAGCAGAGAGAAGCUCGACCUGCUUCUCGACUUCAUAUCGAGAUAAUGAGUUCGAAGGUUGUGGCUGGAGAGUCGAAUGAGGGGGGGCUUGGGAUGUGCAUUGAAUACAACUUCCAUGGAGUACAGAGGACGAAGGCAUCUGAGAAGAUAGAACGCUCUCCGUAAGUUGUUUAUCUAACCUUUUGUUCUCAUUUUUACUUUCUCCUUCCUUGCGCUUUCAUUUCCAUGUGUGUAUUUUUCGUUUCAAUUCAUUUCCUUUCCAUGUUAACUUCGAUUUCCGAUGCAUCCGCUUUUCUUCACACUUAGUUAACGCAUAGAUUCAUCACUCAAUCCAAGCCCCAUUUGCCAUUUUCAUACUCGAGUAUGGAACCAUGGAGCGAUCCCAAUCGCUCUCCUUUUGCUCUACUAUUACUGUAAAUAGAUUCGAAUACACGAUUGUUAGCAAAUUAUCGGCAACCUCAGUUGCAUAGUGCCCCGCUAUGUCAUUUUUUCGAAAAAAAAAAGACUUUUUUUUUAAAUUAUAAAUGUCGAAUUUUCCUCGAGACAAAAGGAACAUAUAUAUAAAAAAAAAACUAAUUUUCGGCUUUCUCAACAAUUAACCUUCCAUCAUAAUAGGAAAUAUGGCAUAUCUUUUGAUGAUUCGCUUGCUUAAAUAAAUAAAAUUACCCACUUUCCAUCUUAUACAUAAACAAACCGUCUACUCAGAAAAAGGAAGGAGCUUUUCAAACUCCACCGAGCACCGCUUUCGACGUCACGACUCCUCCCUCAUCUUUCCAUCCGACACCGCCGAGCUCUGACGAAAUGGAAGAUCGCCGCCACCUGCCGACGGUGGCGACGAGCAGAAGAAGAAGAAGAAGAAGUUCGUCUUCCGGAAACAGAGUCCCCGGCGAACCGACGGCGGCGGAGACCGGCCAGCGGAGGCGACGGGCUACCACCGCCGAACGAAGCCAUGGAAACUGGUGACGUGGCUUCGGGUGAACGAUUCUCUCCCUGAGGUUCGUUCUGGGCUUCAUGCAGCUUGCUAUAGAUCAGGCAAAGCUUGCUCUGGACUGCCUUGAAGUUCCAGUUGGGUAACAAGGAUGGGAACAUUAUUGCGGCGGGAAGAAACCAGACUAAUGAGACACGAAAUGCAAGAAGACAUACAGAGAUGGAAGCUCUUGAUGUUCUUCUUGAACAGUGGAAGAGGACUGGAUUUUCAGCUGCAGAAGUUUUCAGUAUGCUCACUGUAUGUGACGUGAACCAUGCAUAAUGUUUGCAGCAUCAUUAUCGAUCAUUGGUAUAAAGGAGGAAUUUAUGGCUGUGCAAACGAUAAAUUUGGAGGCUGUGGCUCAAUACUGCCAUUGCAUUCAAGUAGCUCUGAGGCAUGCAUUAGAAAAUGGUGAUCUGAUAAGUGAAAACAAGAAGGAUAGUGACAGCGGUGUCCAGAUUAACUCCCCAACAUCUGAGGACCACCCUCCCUCAUUGAAUGAGGCAUUGAGGACUUAAAUUGUGGAGAAUCGCUGUCUCCUCCGUUCACAUCUAUGAACGAGCCUCUAGGGUGAAAUGCAGUUGUUCAAACUGUUGAGGAAGUGGAAGCUGGAGAUGUUUUACAGAUCGAUCAGAGGGAUGUUGAGGAAGCUGUUGGUGAUGAAACUGAUGGUCAAGGAACUGAGUUAAAGUCUAAAAGAAUUCUUAUAGUCAAGGUUGUCAAGAAAGAGGAAACCGAGGAAGAGUUGGAGAAUGCAGAUAUCUACAUCGAGAGGCCCGAGU